CGCAUUCAUGAUAAAAUCGAGUGAAUUAGGAGGCUAACGUUAGCUAAUUAUUACACCUGAACAGGAGUAGCUGUAAACAAUCUAAAGUGGUGAAAUGACCGAGGAGCAGCUGAGCCGGUGGUGUCGGUCCGGACUGUAGAGUGACCAAUCCAGGAUGCUCCAGGGGCCGUACAACAGCCUGGACCGGGACCGGGACCGGCCUCUGUUCCGGCUCCCAUUCACCAGCUUCGCCGUGGGGACGGUUCUGCUGCCUCUGACUGGGCUCAUCGCCUGCCUUUCCAUUUCACUCAUGUACCACUUUACAGAUGCAACAUACACACACUGCCAGGUAUCGAACUACCUCCCCUCCAUUAGCGCUGCCAUUAGCCGCGUGCCGGAGCGGUACAUCUGGCGUUGCUGCAUCGGCCUGCACUCAGCGCCGCGAUACCUGGUGGCCGUGGCCUAUUUCAACUUCUACCGCGGCCGCUUCGCCAGGAGGCUGCUGGAGCUGAUGCUGAGUGGCCUGGCUCUUCUGUGCAGCCUCGCUGAGAACACUGGCCUGCUGCUGCUCACUUAUGUGUCGUCCACUGAAACCUACAAUGUUCAUAAAAACGGUUUCAUCGUGUUCAUAGCAAGUUCACUGCUGCACAUGCUCAUCACAUGCAGACUGUGGCAUGUGAUCAGAAGGUCGUAUGUGAACCCAGAGGAAGUGACAUCGUGUGGCUGGAAAAUGCGUCUGUUCAUCUUCAACUGUAUCUGUUGCCUUGUUGCCUAUUACUUUUUCAGACGCCACAACAAGUACUGUGAACCAGGAAUUUACACCCUGUUUGCUCUCUGUGAAUACCUGGUGGUUAUCUCCAACAUGGCCUUCCACAUGACUGCCUUCUGGGACUUUGGGAGUAAAGAGGUGAUGGUGGCCACGCUGCCAGAAGAUAAACGAUACUAAACCCCACCAUCGAUUCUUGACUUUCUUAGCCUCAGGACUGGGUUUAAUCUUUGCUGACCAUUUGUGAACACUAACAGGCCUCACAUAGCCUCAUCCUGACUCUAUCAUAUUAGCUUGCUCUGCAGGUGAGCCGGUCUAAAUUUUGAGUAGAUCGUCCAACAGGUUAAGCUUUGUGUUGUGAUGUUUUGCAGAGCUCAGACCCAUUUAGGAUUAAAAAGUCAUAUCAGUUUCAGCUGAGAUACCAAAACGAUGCAGAGUAUGGGUUUGUUGAUAACAGGUUUUAAUUUUAUUGAAAACCUGUAAAAGUCUUGAAUUUUUGACAGUAUCAAAAUCAGUUUUUAGUUUUUUUUAUUGUUAAUAGACCAAUGCUUUGGUUCUGUGCAUCCUUUCAAAUCUGACUGAUUAGUGUCUGACACCAAAACAAUCUGGAAUCUAGUGAACAGGCCAAGUUUUACCUUGGUCACAUCUUUUCUGUUUUGAAGCCUACUUUCAUUGCUCAGUGUAAUAGUGGGCCUGUAACUAUUGUUUUUUUUGUUUUUUUUUUUUGAAAAGUGUUUUAUUUUUACAGUCGAAAGUGUAAUAAAAGGCUUUCUACCUGCUCUACGCCACAUAUGGAGAUUGAAUGUUGGGCUGCUUGACACCAGUUUGUGUUUGAGGUCUUUUAUCCUGUUUUGAGGUAGGUUUAGGUAACUUAAUCUAAGUAAUCUUAGCAUUGUGGAUCCAGCUGCUCGAUGACAUACACAUGAUCAGAGCAUUAAAAGAAAUAACAACAAAUGCUACGAGAGAGAAGCAACAUGUGCUCCACGCACACAUCCUUCAUCCUUUAUGGUGAACGUACGUUUACAGGUUUGUCGCAGCUGUAAGUAUAUGUGGAACGUUGACCUGCAGUGAUGAGCUGUGUGUGACACAUGGCUUGUUUACCAUCAGCCGUUGUUUGCCUGUUAAACUGGACUCAUGUUCCCUGAUGGUGUCAACAGGCUGACGGGUCAGAAAAUAACACUGCAGCUUUGUCCAUGCGCUUCAUCGUUAUUGCUAAAAACAGCAGGCUAAUUGAACCCAGUAACAAAAGAAGGUGUGAGGUAAUUCUCCUGGGUUGUGAGUAAGUAAAGCCUGAAACAAGAAGCUUCAUCCAGGCAGGAUGCGUUUGGUGCUAACCUCUUUUAAAGUGAAGACACUUCAGCGGAUUCCUUUCAAGGGGUUUAAUUUAAUUUUUAAGAAUCCAGACGUUUGUUGCUUCAUAGAUUCUGAUUAGCAACUACAAUAUCCAAGGAUCUGAAGUAAAUAAGUAAUAGGGUUAAGGAAGGUUUGCCCAGUCUGAUUCCAGCUAUUAAAUGAACAGAUCAACUCUGGUUUAUCUGAAGCUACCUGUCUGCUUCCUAGUGUCCUAAACACUAGCACUGAUGGAACAGGCUGGAUGUAAGUCAGCAUCUAAAAGGAGAUUAAUUUACUCAAAAGUUGAGCAAAUCAAAGUUCAUCAGGCUGCUGUCAUGUAUGUUGCUAUGAUUCUGACACUGACUGAUGUCUGGUGACUGACUGCCAUUAUUGAAUGCAUUGCAAAAAACACUGACCCGUAUCGUCUUCAUCCACAUUAAUUCGCUGACUUUUGCUGCUUGAACUUUAUUCCCCUCCAGUUUUGUUAAACCUGUGGGAAAACAUUCUAAAACCUGACCCGUGGAGCCUGAUCUGGUCAUUUUUGAAUAUGUCUCUGUGUGAUUUGAUUAUUUUAUCAUCUGACACUAUAAGAGUCCUUUCAUCGUUUGGGGAAGUUGUUUGUCUGGCUGUCGUUUAUUAAUCUCACUUCCUCUCAUAUUCAUUUACCUGAACCAGAAAACAACAGCACCGACAGACUCUCGGUACUGGAUCAUCACAGGCGCAGCAGAAAUAAACUCAUCAGGCAGGUUGACUGUGCCAAACGUGUUUUAAAUGUCUUCUCGCAUUUAAAGAAAAAUGCAGUGAACGAUUCAGAAAGCAACAUCAGCAUCUUGGUAUUUUACAAAUUUGGUAAACGUCAAACUCCUAAACCUCUUCAAUGUUUCAGGUUCAUCUCCCAGAAAUAAAGUGUUUGUCUGUAGCA